UGUGUCGUUUAUGUGCACUAAACUCUUUUAUUCCCAUAUUUCGGACUGCACCUUUAAUGUGCCUGGAUGAGUUGGGCUCGUCCAAUUAGUGUGUAGGUGGAGCACAGGAGGAAACCGAGAGCGACAACACCGACACUUUUGUUCCCCAGUUCCUGGACGAGGAGAAAAACCCAGUGUGAGCUUACUUCUCAGUUUAUACUCAGUUAAGUGAAAAGUUAAUCGCAGACAGUCCGACACAGUCCGAUGGUGUGGGUGGAAGAUUUCCCGAUGAUUGAAGUAUCGAUACCUUCGAUGGAGAGGGAAGUGGAUGAGUCGGGAAAGUCCAAAAAGCGUUUCCGAAUUGAAAUCUUGUUUAAUGGAAGGAAACAUUUUGUGCUCAGAAGAAGCAGCGAAUUCCAGAGCCUCCACAGGAAACUCAGAAAGAUCAUCCAGACUCCAGAUUUUCCGAGCAAAAGGAACCCUCAUCUGAGGACCAAACCUCUGGAGCAGAGGAGGCAGGAGCUGGAAGACUACAUCCAGGAUAUCAUCUAUCAAAAUGAAGACGUGCCGCAGGUGCUGCUGGACUUCCUCCACCUCAAACACUUUCACACAGGGAACAAGAUCAGCAGCACGGAAUCACUUGAGGAAUUGGACAGUCAGGAUUACAAUUAUGAGUUACCACAUCAGAGAGUGUUUGGAUUUUUUCAGGAUCCUUAUCUCUCUGACUGCACGUCAGAUCUCCCAGAUAUUGUUGUGGACGGGGUUCUUCAGGGUUUUUACCCUCGGGACGUCCGGGUCAGCUUCACUUCCCCCACUCUCACCAAGCCUGACCCCACAUCUUCUAUAGAGGCCUGAAAUUAUAGUUUGUAAAAGUAGUUUUAAAGUAGAAUAUGUAGCACAGUCAAACAGGAAUGAAAGCAUACGCCUGCAUACAAAACAGCCUGAAAUAGGUCAUUUGGAGGAUUCUUUUGUCUAAAGUCAGCGGCUGCUUUGUUUUACUCCUCCUAUCGUGCUGUUCAACAUUAUACUGCCCUUUGAGAAUCUAAUACUGAGGCCAAACACCAAAACCCAUCUUUAAACUUUGUUCUGUUAAUAUGUGUUUGUGCUUUUAGUCGUGAAGGUAACAUAAUUUUAAUGAAGAUGUGGCCACAUGCAAAAGUGUCUUUUAUUCGUUUUAGCCAUAUUGUUGCCUAUUUUCAUUCACCUUCGGUCAAAUAUUGUUGCUGUGGUAUUUUGAAGCAUUUUUUAUGUGUAAACAAAUAGUUUUUUAGUUGGUGUAGUUUUAUAACAUCUUGUUUAUAAUGAAAUUAUAAUAAAGAAUCAAACAUA